AUGGGCAUUCAAUUGGGAGUGUUUGAUCCAUCUCAACCCAUCUUUGGGCCAUGCGAUGUGGCCGAUCGAAGUGGGUGCGAACCUGCGCUAGCCUCACGCAUUCUGAGGGCUUUGACUAGUCUGGGUCUUCUUGACAUCACCGAAGAAGGAAAGUACAAAUUAAACGAAGCCAGCAAGUCUCUCAUGCCUGGCGGUAUGGUCCAUGAUGGUAUUGUAUUGACACUCGACCUGGCACUCAAAAUGUCUGCAAACACGCUUUCCUUCUUUGAAGGCAACGGGUAUCAUAACCCAACCAAUUCCAAUCGUGGUGUUUUUCAACAUACGUUUGGGACAUCACUGCCCUUCUUUGAAUGGCUCCCAUCGCAGCCCCUAUUACAAGAUGCAUUUAAUCGUUUCAUGGAGGCUACUGCGGGCGAUGGGACUCCUGCACAGUGGGCCCAGUGGUUCCCAAUUGAGCCUAAAUUCCAGGAGCUAUAUGAGAAGUCUCAGAAGGACAAAAUGCCUCUUACUUUCGUCGACGUGGGAGGAGGCCAUGGACACGAGGCUAAGGCAGUUAUGAGUCGAUUCUCUCACCUGCCGUGUCGAUUUAUCGUACAGGACGGCCCAGAAUAUGUUAAAAGUCACGACGCCGAACUGGAAGCCGGGACCCAGGGUUCUUUGGAACGCAUGGAGUAUAGCUUUUUCAAUAAACAGCCCAUUGAGCAUGCUCAUGUUUACUUCCUGGGGAGGGUGCUGCACAAUUGGCCCGAGGUCCAAUCUCGUCAGAUUCUGGAAAACAUUCGAAGGGCUAUGGAUCAGGAUUCGGUUCUGCUCAUUCAUGACUGGGUUCUUUCCGAUAACCCUGCGGAUCUAUCGCCUGAACAAGCUCGUGAUGACUGGGCUAUGAUGACUCUAUUCUCUGCUCCAGAGCGAUCUGCGUCAGGAUGGCGAGCUCUGUUGGAUUCGGCCCAGUUGCAGCUGGUAAAUAUUUGGGCAUCACCAGAAGAUAAUGGUAGCCGCCGUGCGACACUUCUGGAAGCUGUGAUCAAAGCUUAA